AUGACGGUGAACUACGCGGGCAUCAUUUCGGUGGUGCUUUUCUACAUCUUGAUCCUCGUCGUGGGAAUAUGGGCAGGACGGAAGAGCGGCAAACGGACCGGCGAGGAAGGCGAGGCAGACGAUGUCAUGUUAGCCGGCAGAAACAUAGGGCUUUUUGUCGGCAUAUUCACAAUGACGGCGACCUGGGUAGGAGGAGGAUACAUCAACGGAACCGCAGAGUCUGUUUUCAAAGACGGAAUCAUGUGGACUCAGGCGCCGAUGGGAUACGCGCUCUCACUCGUUCUCGGCGGUUAUUUCUUCGCGAACAAGAUGCGCGCCGAAGGAUAUGUCACCAUGCUGGAUCCUUUCCAAGAACUUUUCGGAGGCCGAAUGGGAGGUCUGCUCUUCAUUCCAGCACUAUGCGGUGAAGUCUUCUGGUCGGCCGCGAUUCUCGCAGCACUUGGCGCGACCGUCGGUGUCAUCAUGGAUUUGGACAAUAACACCUCAAUCAUUUCUUCGGCUUGCAUUGCCCUCUUCUACACACUGUUCGGAGGGUUGUAUUCUGUCGCAUACACUGACGUCAUCCAGCUAUUUUGCAUUUUUCUCGGGCUGUGGGUCUGCAUUCCAUUCUGCAUGAACAACGCGGCCGUAGGAACAUUGACAUAUCCAUCGAACGAUUGGAUCGGCACAGUGGACUCGAAGUAUUUCGGACAGUGGCUCGAUUUCGGCCUGCUGCUCAUGCUCGGGGGGAUUCCUUGGCAAGUUUAUUUCCAACGAGUCCUCUCGUGUCGAAGUGCCUUCAAAGCUCAGCUGCUGAGCUACGUGGCCGCGGUUGGCUGUAUCGUGAUGGCCAUCCCAGCGAUGAUCAUGGGCGCCGUCGCGAAGGCCACCCGAUGGAACGAAACCGAUUAUCACGGCCCGUACCCACUCACUGAUAAAGAGUCGGCCCUGGUCUUGCCUCUGGUACUUCAAUACCUCACGCCGGGCUUCGUGUCCUGUCUGGGCCUGGGAGCUGUUUCCGCGGCCGUGAUGUCAUCUUCAGACUCGUCGAUCCUGUCGGCCGCCUCCAUGUUCGCCCGUAACGUCUAUAAACUCAUCUUCAGACAAAACGCGUCCGAGAACGAAGUGAUCAUGGUGAUGAAGGUUUCGAUCAUCUUCGUCGGAGUUAUGGCAACCGCUAUGGCUCUCACCGUGAAAUCCGUAUACGGUCUAUGGUACUUAUCCUCCGACCUCGUGUACGUGAUCUUAUUCCCGCAAUUGACCUCAGUCGUUUAUCUCAAGAAACAAGUCAAUACCUACGGAUCUCUUGCUGCAUACAUCGUCGGCCUCCUGAUGCGGGGCUUGGGAGGCGAGAAGAUCCUAGGUUUGCCCGCCGUCAUCAAAUAUCCCUACUACGACGAAGAAGCUGGCCAGCUGUUUCCGUUCCGGACUCUGGCCAUGCUAAGCAGUUUCGGUACGCUGGUGCUUGUGUCCCGGUUAUCGAAAUGGCUUUUCGAAAACGGACGUCUGCCGCCGCAUCUCGACGUGUUCAACUGCGUGGUCAACAUUCCAGAGGACAUCGUCAAGGUUCAGGACCCUCAAGAAGAGCUCACUCUGCUGACCUCCACCUUGCAAGGAGCCAAAUCAUACCAAGGCGAGAUGAAUGGUCGUGUAAACCCAGCGCUCAACCUUCACCCAGAAUUGAUUGAUCGAGGUGAUCCACAAAUGGUGUCGUCAGAUCGCACUUCAUCCACCUCUGCUCCCGCUGCUCAUCAAGCCGCUCAGGGAGGCGCGAAGGCGGAGCAGGGCACAACCCACUUAUAA